AACAUAACGCGAAUCAAAACCCCCAAAACUCAAACACUUUUCGAGAGAGACACCCAAGGUGCAAUCAGGCUUGUUCUUCGCGGUUUGGAGCGUGUGGAGAGGGAGAAAGCACUUGUUUUGCAUCAUCGAACCUGGGCAAGAUGGAUGAUGUCACAUUUGACCUUGAAAUUCAUGUUGGGGGAUGUUUUGUGGAGGAGCCAACCAUACAAUAUGUGGGUGGGUCUGUACGUUUACUGACAGAGAUUGACCCUGACAAGUUGAGUUACUUUGAAAUUCGGGAUUUAUGCCAUCUAGUUGGUGCUCCUAAGGAACACAGUAGAUAUAAGUAUUUAAUUCCUGAUGGUGAUCUACAGCAUGAUUUAAGAGACAUAGAAACAGAUACAGAUGUCGUAAACAUGACUAACCUUCAUAAGGCAUGGUAUGCUGAAAAAAUCAUAAUCUAUACUGACAUAGAUGUGGAGCCAUUGGCAGUUGAGUAUCCUGAUGCAGGGGGAGUGGCAGAUGGUGGCGUAGGUGGUGAUGCAGGGGGAGCGGCAGGGGGAGUGGCAGGUGGUGUAGGUGGUGAUGCAGGGAGAGUGGCAGAUGGUGUAGGUGGUCAUGCAGGUGGUGAUGUAAGUGGUGAUGCAGCAAGGGUUGAAAUAGAAUUGGAUAGUGAUGAUGAUGAAGAUGAUGAGAAUGAUGAUGAGAGUGAUGAUGAAGAAGAUGUUGAGGAUGUUGACAUUGAUGCAAGAGAUGAAGAACAGAAUGCUGAAGGAGAUGAUGAUGAUGAUGAUGAUGAUUGGCUAAAUGAAGGCCUAGAGGGGGAUGGCUUUGGUGAUGAUGUAUUUGCUGCUCAAAACUCAGCUCCACAAGGUUCUGCUCCCAAUACAAACCCAGAAUCAAGCAAUGCACCCCACACAGCCCCAGAAUCAAGCAAUGCACCCCACACAGACCCUGAGUGGGCUGAGCCACCCUUGAGGAUGACCUGGUAA